AUGGUGAUAAUACGUAGAAUUUCGGACGCAGUCCAAUCAACACACCAACAGUCUUCACAACCAGACGACGACUCUCAAUCCCCGCAGACUUCACCGAGAAAGUCCGCACGCUUGACUAAAGUGAGUUGAACAGUUGUGAGUAAAAAAAACAAAAAACUUUCUACAGUGUCCUCGUUUGAAAACAAUGUCGGUCACCUCUGCUGUUUGCAAAAUCUGCAAAAAAUGUCACCGAUAAAAAAAAAAAAAACUUUUAUAAGUUAGCUAUGCAGAUAAUUGCUGUACAUUUCUUAACUUUGUCAAAACAAAUCACUUAUAUUCAACAGAUGGAAGACAAAUUGAUUUGUCAAUGCUUCAAUGUUGACCAAUACAUUUUUUUAUUUGAGUUCUGCUGUUCUCUUUCUCAGGGAUAUGUUGGUGAGAAGGAUCGGCAUAUUAUCCUCUUGGAAGAGCUAAAUGGACAAACACCAGAGAAUGGGAGACCUGUCAGAAAGAUAACAAGGCAAGUCAGAGUUCUCAUGAGUUAAAUAUUAGGGAUAUAUAUACUGAACAAAACAUAAACGCAACAUGUAAAGUGUUGGUCCCAUGUUUCAUGAGCUGAAAUAAAAGAUCACAGAAAUGUUCCAUAAGCACAAAAAUCUUAUCUCUCUCAAAUUUUGUGCACAAAUUUGUUUACAUCCCUGUUAGUGAGCAUUUCUCUUUUGCCAAGAUAAUCGAUCCACCUGACAGGUGUGGUAUAUCAAGAAGCUGAUUAAACAUCAUGGUCAUUACACAGGUGCACCUUGUGUUGGGGACAAUAAAAGGCCACUCUAAAAUGUGCAGUUUUGUCACACAACACAAUGCCACAGAUGUCUCAAGUUGAGGGAGCGUUCAAUUGGCAUGCUAACUGCAGGAAUGUCCACCAGAUCUGUUGCCAGAGAUUUGAAUGUUCAUUUCUCUACCAUAAGCUGCCUCCAACAUCGUUUUAGAGAAUUUGGCAAUACGUCCAACCCGCCUAACAACCGCAGACCAUGUGUAACCAUGCCAGCCCAGGACCUCCACAUCCGGCUUCUUCACCUGCGGGAUCAUCUGAGACCAGCCACUCAGACAGCUGAUGAAACUGUGGGUUUGCAUAAACAAAUAAUAUCUCCACAAACAGUCAGAAACUGUCUCAGAAAAGCUCAUCUGCAUGCUUGUCGUCCUCACCAGGGUCUUGACCUGACUGCAGUUUGGCGCCGUAACCAACUUCAGUGGGCAAAUGCUCACCUUCGAUGGCCACUGGGAAGCUGGAGAAGUGUGCUCUUCACGGAUGAAUCCCGGUUUCAACUGUACCAGGCAGAUUACAGACAUUAUGUAUGGCGUUGUGUGGGCGAGCGGUUUGCUGAUGUCAACGUUGUGAAUAGAGUGCCCCAUGGUGGCGGUGGGGUUAUGGUAUGGGCAGGCAUAAGCUACGGAUAACAAACACAAUUGCAUUUUAUCGAUGGCAAUUUGAAUGCACAGAGAUACCUUGACGAGAUCCUGAGGCCCAUUGUCGUACCUUUCAUCCGCUGACAUCACCUCAUGUUUCAGCAUGAUAAUGCACAGCCCCAUGUCGCAAGGAUCUGUACACAAUUCCUGGAAGCUGAAAAUGUCCCAAUUCUUCCAUGGCCUGCAUACUCGUCAGACAUGUCACUAAUUGAGCAUGUUUGGGAUGCUCUGGAUUGACGUGUACGACAGCGUGUUCCAGUUCCCUGCCAAUAUCCAGCAACUUCGCGACAGCCAUUGAAGAGGAGUGAGACAACAUUCCACAGGCCACAAUCAACAGCCUGAUCAAUUCUUUGAGAAGAAGAUGUGUCGCGCUGCAUGAGGCAAAUGAAGGUCACUCCUUUUUUGUAAGGUAUCUGUAUUCAGAGUCGUGAAAUCCCUAGAUUAGGGCCCAAUGGAUUUAUUUCAAUUGACUGAUUUCCAUAUGUACUGUAACUCUGUAAAAUCUUUGACGUUGUUGCAUGUUGUGUUUUUAUAUUCUUGUUAUAUAUAUAUAUAUAUAUAUAUACACACAGUGGGGAGAACAAGUAUUUGAAACACUGCCGAUUUUGCAGGUUUUCCUACUUACAAAGCAUGUAGAGGUCUGUAAUUGUUAUCAUAGGUACACUUCAACUGUGAGAGACGGAAUCUAAAACAGAAAUCCAGAAAAUCACAUUGUAUGAUUUUUAAGUAAUUAAUUUGCAUUUUAUUGCAUGACAUAAGUAUUUGAUCACCUACCAACCAGUAAGAAUUCCGGCUCUCACAGACCUGUUAGUUUUUCUUUAAGAAGCCCUCCUGUUCUCCACUCAUUACCUGUAUUAACUGCACCUGUUUGAACUCGUUACCUGUAUAAAAGACACCUGUCCACACACUCAAUCAAACAGACUCCAACCUCUCCACAAUGGCCAAGACCAGAGAGCUGUGUAAGGACAUCAGGGAUACAAUUGUAGAUCUGCAAAAGGCUGGGAUGAGCUACAGGACAAUAGGCAAGCAGCUUGGUGAGAAGGCAACAACUGUUGGCGCAAUUAUUAGAAAAUGGAAGAAGUUCAAGAUGACGGUCAAUCACCCUCGGUCUGGGGAUCCAUGCAAGAUCUCACCUCGUGGGGCAUCGAUGAUCAUGAGGAAGGUGAGGGAUCAGCCCAGAACUACACGGCAGGACCUGGUCAAUGACCUGAAGAGAGCUGGGACCACAGUCUCAAAGAAAACCAUUAGUAACACAUUACGCCAUCAUGGAUUAAAAUCCUGCAGCGCACGCAAGGUCCCCCUGCUCAAGCCAGCGCAUGUCCAGGCCCGUCUGAAGUUUGCCAAUGACCAUCUGGAUGAUCCAGAGGAGGAAUGGGAGAAGGUCAUGUGGUCUGAUGAGACAAAUAUAGAGCUUUUUGGUCUAAACUCCACUCGCCGUGUUUGGAGGAAGAAGAAGGAUGAGUACAACCCCAAGAACACCAUCCCAACCAUGAAGCAUGGAGGUGGAAACAUCAUUCUUUGGGGAUGCUUUUCUGUAAAGGGGACAGGACGACUGCACCGUAUUGAGGAGAGGAUGGAUGGGGCCAUGUAUCACGAGAUCUUGGCCAACAACCUCCUUCCCUCAGUAAGAGCAUUGAAGAUGGGUCGUGGCUAGGUCUCCCAGCAUGACAACGACCUGAAACACACAGCCAGGGCAACUAAGGAGUGGCUCCAUGGAGUGGCCUAGCCAGUCUCCAGACCUGAACCCAAUAGAAAAUCUUUGGAGGAAGCUGACAGUCCGUAUUGCCCAGCGACAGCCCCGAAACCUGAAGGAUCUGGAAAAGGUCUGUAUGGAGGAGUGGGCCAAAAUCCCUGCUGCAGUGUGUGCAAACCUGGUCAAGACCUACAGGAAACGUAUGAUCUCUGUAAUUGCAAACAAAGGUGUCUGUACCAAAUAUUAAGUUCUGCUUUUCUGAUGUAUCAAAUACUUAUGUCAUGCAAUAAAAUGCAAAUUAAUUACUUAAAAAUCAUACAAUGUGAUUUUCUGGAUUUUUGUUUUAGAUUCCGUCUCUCACAGUUGAAGUGUACCUAUGAUAAAAAAUUACAGACCUCUACAUGCUUUGUAAGUAGGAAAACCUGCAAAAUCGGCAGUGUAUCAAAUACUUGUUCUCCCCACUGUACAUACAUACAGUUGAAGUCGGAAGUUUACAUACACUUAGGUUGGAGUCAUAAAACUUGUUUUUCAACCACUCCACUUUCUUGUUAACAAACUAUAGUUUUGUCAAGUCGGUUAGGACAUCUACUUUGUGCAUGACACAAGUAAUUUUUCCAACAAUUGUUUACAGACAGAUUAUUUCACUGUAUCACAAUUCCAGUGGGUCAAAAGUUUACAUACACUAAGUUGACUGUGCCUUUAAACAGCUUGGAAAAUUCCAGAAAAUGAUGUCAUGGCGUUAGAAGCUUCUGAUAGGGUAAUUGACAUCAUUUGAGUCAAUUGGAGGUGUACCUGUGGAUGUAUUUCAAGGCCUACCUUCAAACUCAGUGCCUCUUUGCUUGACAUCAUGGGAAAAUCCAAAGAAAUCAAAGCAGAUGUCCUAACCGACUUGCCAAAACUAUAGUUUGUUAACAAGACAUUUGUGGAGUGGUUGAAAAACAAGUUUUAAUGACUCCAACCUAAGUGUAUGUAAACUUCCGACUUCAACUGUACAGGGAAAAAAGUAUUUGAUCCCCUGCUGAUUUUGUACGUUUGCCCAAUGACAAGAAAUGAUCAGUCUAUAAUUUUAAUGGUAGGUUUAUUUGAACAGUGAGAGACAGAAUAACAACAAAAUAAUCCAGAAAAACGCAUGUCAAAAAUGUUAUAAAUUGUUUUGCAUUUUAAUGAGGGAAAUAAGUAUUUGACCCCCUCUCAAUCAGAAAGAUUUCUGGCUCCCAGGUGUCUUUUAUACAGGUAACGAGCUGAGAUUAGGAGCACACUCUUGAAGGGAGUGAUCCUAAUCUCCAUUUGUUACCUGUAUAAAAGACACCUGUCCACAGAAGCAAUCAAUCAAUCAGAUUCCAAACUCUCCACCAUGGCCAAGACCAAAGAGCUCUCCAAGGAUGUCAGGGAACAAGAUUGUAGACCUACACAAGGCUGGAAUGGCCUACAAGACCAUCGCCAAGCAGUUUGGUGAGAAGGUGACUACAGGUGGUGCGAUUAUUCGCAAAUGGAAGAAACACAAAAUAACUGUCAAUCUCCCUCGGCCUGGGGCUCCAUGCAAGAUCUCACCUCGUGGAGUUGCAAUGAUCAUGAGAACAGUGAGGAAUCAGCCCGAACUACACGGGAGGAUCUUGUCAAUGAUCUCAAGGCACCUGGGACCAUAGUCACCAAGAAAACAAUUGGUAACACACUACGCCGUGAAGGACUGAAAUCCUGCAGCGCCCGCAAGGUCCCCCUGCUCAAGAAAGCACAUAUACAUGCCCGUCUGAAGUUUGCCAAUGAACAUCUGAAUGAUUCAGAGGAGAACUGGGUGAAAGUGUUGUGGUCAGAUGAGACCAAAAUGGAGCUCUUUGGCAUCAACUCAACUCGCCAUGUUUGGAGGAGGAGGAAUGCUGCCUAUGACCCCAAGAACACCAUCCCCACCGUCAAACAUGGAGGUGGAAACAUUAUGCUUUGGGGGUGUUUUUCUGCUAAGGGGACAGGACAACCGCAUCAAAGGGAUGAUGGACGGGGCCAUGUACCGUCAAAUCUUGGGUGAGAACCUCCUACCCUCAGCCAGGGCAUUGAAAAUGGGUAGUGGAUGGGUAUUCCAGAAUGACAAUGACCCAGAACACACGGCCAACGCAACAAAGGAGUGGCUCAAGACGAAGCACAUUUAAGGUCCUGGAGUGGCCUAGCCAGUCUCCAGACCUUAAUCCCAUAGAAAAUCUGUGGAGGGAGCUGAAGGUUAGAGUUGCCAAACGUAAGCCUUGAAACCUUAAUGACUUGGAGAAGAUCUGCAAAGAGGAGUGGGACAAAAUCCCUCCUGAGAUGUGUGCAAACCUGGUGGCCAACUACAAGAACCGUCUGACCUCUGUGAUCGCCAACAAGGGUUUUGCCACCAAGUACUAAGUCAUGUUUUGCAGAGGGGUUCAAAUACUUAUUUCCCUCAUUAAAAUGCAAAUCAAUUCAUAACAUUUUUGACAUGCGUUUUUCUGGAUUGUUUUGUUGUUAUUCUGUCUCUCACUGUUCAAAUAAACCUACCAUUAAAAUUAGACUGAUCAUUUCUUUGUCAGUGGGCAAACGUACAAAAUCAGCAGGAGAUCACCACCUCAAGCUGAACCUCGGCAAGACGGAGCUGCUCUUCCUCCCGGGGAAGGACUGCCCGCUCCAUGAUCUCGCCAUCACGGUUGACAACUCCGUUGUGUCCUCCUCCCAGAGUGCAAAGAACCUUGGCGUGACCCUGGACAACAUCCUUUCGUUCUCCGCUAACAUGAAAGUGGUGACCCGAUCCUGUAGGUUCAUGCUCUACAACAUUCGCAGAGUACGACCCUACCUUACACAGGAAGUGGCACAAGGUCCUAAUCCAGGCACUUGUCAUCUCCCGUCUGGAUUACAGCAACUCACUGUUGGCUGGGCUCCCUGCCUGUGCCAUUAAACCCCCUACAACUCAUCCAGAACGCUGCAGCCCGUCUGGUGUUCAACCUUCCCAAGUUCUCUCACGUCACCCCGCUCCUCCGCACACGCCACUGGCUUCCAGUUGAAGCCUGCAUCUGCUACAAGACCAUGGUGCUUGCCUACGGAGCUGUGAGGGGAACGGCACCUCCGUACCUUCAGGCUCUGAUCAGUCCCUACACCCAAACGAGGGCAUUGCGUUCAUCCACCUCUGGCCUGCUGGCCCCCCUACCUCUGCGGAAGCACAGUUCCCGCUCAGCCCAGUCAAAACUGUUCGCCAGGACAGCGGAGUCACUCACCACCUUCCGGAGACACUUGAAACCCCACGUCUUUAAGGAAUACCUGGGAUAGGAUGAAAGUAAUCCUUCUACCCUCCCCCUCCCACAACCCAUUUGAAUGCUGCCGGUGCUUUCACUCUAGUGGUAGCAUGAGACGGAGUCUACAACCCACACAAGUGGCUCAGGUAGUGCAGCUCAUCCAGGAUGGCACAUCAAUGCGAGCUGUGGCAAGAAGGUUUGCUGUGUCUGUCAGCGUAGUGUCCAGAGCAUGGAGGCGCUACCAGGAGACAGGCCAGUACAUCAGGAGACGUGGAGGAGGCCGUAGGAGGGCAACAACCCAGCAGCAGGACCGCUACCUCCGCCUUUGUGCAAGGAGGAGCAGGAGGAGCACUGCCAGAGCCCUGCAAAAUGACCUCCAGCAGGCCACAAAUGUGCAUGUGUCUGCUCAAACGGUCAGAAACAGACUCCAUGAGGGUGGUAUGAGGGCUCGACGUCCACAGGUGGGGGUUGUGCUUACAGCCCAACACCGUGCCGGACGUUUGGCAUUUGCCAGAGAACACCAAGAUUGGCAAAUUUGCCACUGGUGCCUUGUGCUCUUCACAGAUGAAAGCAGGUUCACACUGAGCACAUGUGACAGACGUGACAGAGUCUGGAGACGCCGUGGAGAUCGUUCUGCUGUUUGCAACAUCCUCCAGCAUGACUGGUUUGGCGGUGGGUCAGUCAUGGUGUGGGGUGGCAUUUCUUUGGGGGGCCGCACAGCCCUCCAUGUGCUCGCCAGAGGUAGCCUGACUGCCAUUAGGUACCGAGAUGAGAUCCUCAGACCCCUUGUGAGACCAUAUGCUGGUGCGGUUGGCCCUGGGUUCCUCCUAAUGCAAGACAAUGCUAGACUUCAUGUGGCUGGAGUGUUUCAGCAGUUCCUGCAAGAGGAAGGCAUUGAUGCUAUGGACUGGCCCGCCCGUUCCCCAGACCUGAAUCCAAUUGAGUACAAUUGGGACAUCAUGUCUCGCUCCAUCCACCAACGCCACGUUGCACCACAGACUGUCCAGGAGUUGGUGGAUGCUUUAGUCCAGGUCUGGGAGGAGAUCCCUCAGGAGACCAUCCGCCACCUCAUCAGGAGCAUGCCCAGGCGUUGUAGGGAGGUCAUACAGGCACGUGGAGGCCACACACACUACUGAGCCUCAUUUUGACUUGUUUUAAGGACAUUACAUCAAAGUUGGAUCAGCCACUAGUGUGGUUUUCCAUUUUAAUUUUGAGUGUGACUCCAAAUCCAGACCUCCCUGGGUUGAUAAAUUUGAUUUCCAUUGAUAAUUUUUGUGUGAUUUUGUUGUCAGCACAUUCAACUAUGUAAAGAAAAAAUUAUUUAAUAAGAUUAUUUCAUUCAUUCAGAUCUAGGAUGUGUUAUUUUAGUGUUCCCUUAAUUUUUUUGAGCAGUGUAUAUUGUAAAGUGGUUGUCCCACUGGCUAUCAUAAGGUGAAUGAACCUAUUUGUAAGUCGCUCUGGAUAAGAUCGUCUGCUAAAUGACGAAAAUGUAAAUGUAAAAUGAGAUCAAAUACUUUUUUUUCCCUCACUGUACAUACAUACAUACAUACAUUCUGGCGUAUGGUAGGCUAAUAAGCCAGAUAUAAAGUCAAGAUGCGUCUUUGUUGGCAGUCCUACAGUAGCUUGGGUACCAGAGUCUGUUUAGCUAACUUUCCACUCCUUGUAGGCCUACUCUGUGUCAUUGCCGGAGUAUAAGGAGUGGAAGGUUAGCUAAACAGACUGGUACCCAGGCUAGUCCUACUGAGCACUUUGACUCCGAUACCAUAAAGUAUUCUUCUGACAUUUUAAUGUAAUUUAAAAAGAAUGUAAUUUUUGAUUCCUUCACAGGAAAUCGCCCAGGUUUCAGGUCAAUGGGGCCAGUGAAGAUGACCAAACUGGUGAGCUUAAAGCAUGUUUCACAUUAUGAUGCAAACACGAUCUAGGUCUUUCCUAGAACAUAACAAUUCAUCUAUUUAAAAAUGCAUGUCAUAAAAAACACACCCAACUACAAAACACUUUUAAGAGGAUGUCGCACAAGUUACUCCUUUUAAACAAUCAUUUUCAUUCAGACUCAUUCACCUACAUGGAUUUGUGAAUAAGUUAUGAAUUGUGUUUUGAAUACCUGUUCCAGAGGGGUCCCCUAGACCAGGAGGAUCCCAGGGGGUUGUGAGACGCAGCACCAGAACCACCAGAUACCAACAGACCAUGAUCUACGACCACCUCAUCACUAAGUAAGGAGCAUCACCACAAAACCCUGAUUCCCCCCAACCCCCCUUCCCAAUAGGGAUUAUUAUAGGCAUAUUACAAAUUCCUCUGCUUUUCCCCAAAAAUGAGAAGUACACAAUUAAUACUUAUUGCAUUGGGACCCAAAACCUCCAUGAAAUCAUGCUAAAGAAGGAUACCUUCAGAAGUUUUUAUAUUGUCACUUGUUUUUCUCCAUAGCACUGCUGAGGCAGUCCUCCACAAGAUGGAUGACAUGAAGAAGAUGCGCCGCCGCUCAAAACAAGCAGUGAGGCUUUUUCCAUCCUGUGAAAUAUAAUUUUGUCAUUCAGCCAUCCACAAAGGCAGGGAUGAAAUACAGUACAGGGCUAUAUAUUUAUGCUGUAUAAUUUGCAAACAAUAAGAAACCAUUCAUUGACAGGGUCCCCAUUAGAGAUUGACAUUGAAGACUCACACUAACUCUACUUAAACACAAGGGCUUGUUGCACUGUAGAAAUGUGUACAUAAUAACUGGGCACUUUUUCAAGGUUCUAAAUCUUCUGCUACCGCACACAAUCUCUUAUCAGGCCAUUGUAAGAGUGUUGCACCCAUCUGUGGUCCACCACACUCUCGCUCUCUCGCUCUCUCGCUCUCUCGCUCUCUCGCUCUCUCGCUCUCUCUCUCUGCAGCCCUCUUUGUUGUGGUUUUGGGAAAGUAAUCACAAUGUUGUCAUAUUGUUGCUUCAUUCACCAGCAGCUGACUUAUAAAGGGUUUAUCAGUGUCCACCAUAUUUGAAGAAGAAGGAGUAGUAAUGCAUUUAAUUAGAAUUUCACACAAUUAUCCCUGGUUUAGAACCUUGAGAUAUGGGAAAUAAGAGUAGUGCAUGAAAAUCAAUAAUAACCAAUAAUCCCUUUUGAGACCAAUAAGUCUCACUGAAAUAUGUACCAUUGUGUCAUACAGGCCACUGAAAAAAUGAAAUAGCUAUACCAUACCAUAUCUAUUAAGUUCUUUUUUUAUUCUUUUUUUUUUUAUGUAGCGGAUCUAUUCUAAAGCCCAGCGAAAGAAGACUACUGAUCGUCCAACCGUAAAAGGUCUGUUUCUAUUGUAGUGUAAGUCAGUUACAGUGUUUGACCAUAACUCUCUAAACAUUAAUUCAUGAACUUUUGGUCCAAUACCUAUUUCCAGAGUACUCUGAUGAUGAUGGAGAGGAGGUUGACGAUGAUGAGGACGACGAAGAUGAGGACGAUGAAUACGACGAUGAGGAUAACAGCAAGCCCUAUGAACCUCGACAGAAAAAAGCAGUGGUUCGCUACCAGGCCCCCCUGGAUGGUUGGUCCUUUUUGGUCCCGUAAAAAGCACAUCCCAACUUAUUACUCUUCACUGAACUAGAGUCUUCUGAGAAAUGUUCUCCAUAACUUACUUAGUUAAUCAUCUCAAUUAAUGAACGUAGCAGGGUCGUUCCGCCAAUUCGGUGCCUUUCGAGAAGUGGCGCAGUGGUCUAAGGCACUGCAUUGUGCCACUAGAGAUCCUGGUUCGAAUCCAGGCUCUGUCGCAGUCGGCCGCGACCGGGAGACUCAUGGGCGGCGCACAAUUGGCCCAGCGUCGUCCAGGGUAGGGGAGGGAAUGGCCGGCAGGGAUGUAGCUCAGUUGAUAGAGCAUGGCGUUUGCAACGCCAGGGUUGUGGGUUCGAUUCCCACGGGGGGCCAGUAUAAAAAAAUAUGUAUUCACUAACUGUAAGUCGCUCUGGAUAAGAGCGUCUGCUAAAUGACUAAAAUGUAAAUGUAAGUGUAACUUUGUAAAAAUAAAAUAAAAAAUGUUUGACUUCAUAAACAAGUUUGCCCAUUUCAAACUGUAGUAAGUGCCUAUUAAUGUCUAAAUAAAGUAGCAGGGUUGACUGUAACAGGGUAGACGAUUUUUUCUUAAAUCAGCCAUAAAACCCCUUGUGACAGCGGGAAUGGAAGCGUGUUAAUAAUAAUAAUAAUAAUAUGCCAUUUAGCAGACGCUUUUAUCCAAAGCGACUUGCGACAUGUGUGCAUACAUUUUUACGUAUGGGUGGUCCCGGGGAUCGAACCCACUACCCUGGCGUUACAAGCGCCAUGCUCUACCAAUUGAGCUACAGAGGACCACGUGUUGUGUGCAACAGCGAAUGGCAAUUGAAUGCAAGCUUCACAAAAAAAUAUGAAGUUGUUAAAACGUUUCUAGCCUGUCUAUCUAUGGGUAACAGGGUUGACGCGGUAUGCUUGACCCGCUCUGUUUUCCACCACAAAACACCAGACAAUUGUCAAAAAGAGUAGAACUAGCUCACCUGCUUUUACACUAUGAUUUGACUAUUAGAUGUUAAAUGUUUCUUUUGAAAAACAAAAUAUUUAAAAAGGAAUAGUUUCACCAUAUUAAAAUGAGAGUUCAGUAAAAUGAGGGACAAAUGUAAAUGAAUCACAUGAAAUAAAUAAUAAUCUUCAGAAAUGACUUUGUCAAAGCAACAAAAUAACUAGGGCUUUCCAAUGAUGGUGAAAACAUUUUGGGGUUAAGUUGGUUAAAAUCUUCCUAGAAGUCACAGAGGGUGCACAGAGGGACAUGCUACAUUUGUGCACUUUAGCAAGUCUUCAUUUAUAUAAAGAAAUUAGAUUAAUUAAAUUAUCCAUGUGGUCUAUAUUAAAUGGCACUUAAUUUAAUAUAACAGGGUUUUAAAAUGCAAUAUUAGUGCAUGAUUUCUGCUUAAAAUAUCAAAGGGCCUUCAUUUCGUGGAACGACCUAGCAGUGCUGAUUGGGAUGCGGUCUGAUCUAGUCUAUAAUAAGAAGAGUCUACCGCACACCCAAAACCAAUAACUGAAGGUGCUGGAGACAACUGGAAAAACAGGAAAAAGUCUCCGCACACUUUAAGUCAGAUACAAAGGUAUUUUAAUGAUAGCUAAGCUUUCGGUCAGUCGACCUUCAUCAGAGCAUACCUCCACAAACAAUAUUCUGAUCUAAAAAGCAAAACUGAGCCUAGAUCAACACUCCUACUCUGAAAUGCUUGAUUAUGGGCUGAGAUCAGUGCUUACCUUGAUGUUACUCCUCUCACUGUUUCAUCUGUAGGAUCAAGGAAACAGCCGCCCAUGUUUUUCGACCGUCAGGCAUCUUCCAUUAGAGGGAGCUACCGCAUCAGUGCCUCAGUGCCCAGGAGUGCCCACACCACCAGCCGAAGGAGUGGCAGGUCUGCACGGUUGCUCACCCUCCCACAGUACUGUACUUCACAGUACAGACAUUGGCACUUUACCAAUAGUCUUAGUGCAUAUGUAUAGAACAUUGGUUUUAUUGUGACAAAAAUAUAUUGUAGGGUCCAAUAAUGCUGUGUUUCAUGUGUUGGGUCCUUGUAAAUGGUUAUAGUUGUUGUGUUGUAAAUAUAGAUUACUUUUCAAUGAGAUGUUUAAUGUUUUUCUCCUCUUUUCUUGUUUCACUGUUUCAAACAAUAGGAUUGGAUCCAUAGGCAGGUGAGUCUUUGGCACAAUUUAAACAACUUAGGUCUCACAUUUGCUAUUGGGGACUGACAACUUGGGAAGAGAGGAGCAUGGUAAAGUAGUGAAGAAGUUUGUCCUUUCUCAGUCUCCUUACGGUUUGGUUUGACCCACAGGAGAAGGCAUGCUUGGCACACCCGAGAAGCCAGCUCCUCUGAUGAGGACGACUCCUCUGAUGAGGAAGAUGCAGAGCAAGAAGCCAAGAACAGGUCAGUUAACAUGUCAUCAAUUUGAUACACUUCAACAGUUUUACUUGUCCCUAUAAUGAUAAAAUGAUUAAUUUAGUUCACAGAUGAAAUCUCCCCUAGAAAAUGAUACUACAGAAAAGAUGAAACAAUGUUUUAUUACAUCAUUUGUUAUUUGUCUACUGAUCAUCUGUUAUUUGCCAUCACAAAUUAUCUUGGACAUGAUUCAAUCAUAUUUAAAGGAUAAUGAACAUGCUAGAAAAAAAGGGCCUGGGUGAGCAGACCAAUGAUUCCCACUCUUGAAUGUUUUUGAACUGUGUCUAUGACAACAUGAGUGGUGGUCGUCGAUGAUGUAAUAAUAGACGAUGGUUCCAUCUUGGUUAUUCUGGUAAUAUCUCCUUGGUGAGCUUAAUUGGGAGCCAGACCUUUGGAGUGAACACAUGAUCUAGCUCAUGAGUUUCUCUAUAUGAGACUAACACAAGGAACAGAAUAUAAAUAUUUGAAUUUUGAAACAAAAUCUCAAUCUAAUAUUUUACACCAGUGGAAUCCGGUGUGGUUUUGAGCUUUUGCUCAGAAUAAACUUGACAAAACUGCAAUCUCUUUCAUUUUGGGAUCCCUCUCAGGUGUCAGCCUCUGAAUUUGCGCAAAGAGGACAUUUUGGGAAUCCUUAAGGACAGAAUGAAAAUCGGUGCGAGCCUCGCGGAUGUCGACCCCAUGGCGAUUGACCAGUCGGUAAGUUCUAACAUCACAGUCAGCUGAAUUGAAAUGUGAAAUGAUUUUAAGCUAUUUUAAUGUCAAAGUUGGUUUGCCUACAUGCUAUGGUCUUUAAAUGAUCUGCCUGCUUCUUCUGUGUAAUGUUCCAACCACCUCUCUUCCCUCAAGGUGCGCUUUGACAGCGUCGGCGGUCUGACAAGCCACAUCUCCGCCCUGAAGGAGAUGGUCGUCUUCCCUCUGCUCUACCCAGAGGUGUUUGACAAGUUCAAGAUCCAGCCCCCUAGGUGAGCACUUGUUUUAAGGUUGAAAAGCUAACAUUCUUUGUUGGGUAACUAACAGUUGAUUUGACUAUUGAUUUACAUUGUCUUGGAUAGCUUACCUUAAUGACAUAGGAAAUAGUGUAUGACAGGAUGAGGAACUUACUUGGGUGAGCAACAAGAAUGGAUCCUGUCAAUGGAUUAAAGCCCCACCCCCAACCCUAAUCACAGCUCCAUCCACUCAUUUAAUUAGCUCUUGGAUCAGUUGUGUCCUUUGCAAGGAUACAUUCUAAGACAGUCCCUGUUGUCUAUUGCAGGGGCUGCCUGUUCUAUGGACCCCCGGGUACGGGGAAGACCCUGGUGGCCAGAGCGCUGGCCAACGAGUGCAGCCAGGGGGAGAGGAAGGUGGCCUUCUUCAUGAGGAAGGGGGCCGACUGCUUGAGCAAGUGGGUGGGCGAGUCGGAACGCCAGCUAAGGCUGCUCUUUGACCAGGUACAGUACAUUUCCUCAUACAACACACUGGAUUCAUAUAAUUAUCACUGGUGCAUUCAGUCUUUGUGAGACCAUUGAGUCUAGUAUUUGCCUAUCUAUCAGAAUUUCCUGCUCAAGUCACUGUUGGUCUCUUAUUGUAACUCUGCAUAGGGAAAUGUAAGCGUGGCUGGCUAUACAGUGUUUGAGGGUAAUGCCUAUUAUAUAGGGACGUACUUGCACUGACCGCAAGACUCAUUAUUUGUACCCACAGGCCUACCAGAUGCGGCCAGCCAUUAUCUUCUUUGAUGAAAUUGAUGGGUUGGCUCCGGUUCGCUCCAGUCGCCAAGACCAGAUACACAGGUGAGACAUUUCAGCCACUCAUUUCACACCAGUGAAGUCACUGCUUACAGAGACAUACCCUUGAUUGUGUACUCCCCACUUGUGGUUCCUUCCUGCAGUUCCAUCGUGUCCACCCUGCUGGCCCUGAUGGAUGGCCUGGAUAGCCGAGGAGAGGUGGUGGUGAUUGGAGCUACCAACCGACUGGACUCCAUCGACCCCGCCCUUAGACGCCCUGGACGCUUCGACAGGGAGUUCCUCUUUGGCCUCCCUGAUCGCGAGGUAAGACUAAUCACCUGUGGGGGGGAAUCCUCACUUGAGUUGAUAUGUGUGCAUGCAUAACUCAAAUGUUCAUCCAAAUCUUCCACUGAAAUCAGAGACCUACAUGCAGUUACGUUUCAUUCGUGUACUUUACUUUUAAUUUCUUUCUCCAACUUCAGUCCCGGAAAGAUAUCCUAACGAUUCACACCAGACAGUGGAAUCCUACACCGUCCGAUCCUUUCCUGGAAGAGUUGGCUGAUAAAUGUGUUGGUAGGUGACUAAUGUAUACCAAAUCAACUCUAGCAUUGGGCAAGUCAAAAUUGUACAAUAAUUGUAAGAACGAAAAUAACUAUGUCAUUUUGUUGUCUCAUAAUAUUCAGACAUCUAUCGAUUUAACACAGUUCCACAGUCAAUCCUACACAUGCCAUGUAUUAACCGCAACAUCUUCCCUUUCUGCACCCCAGGUUACUGCGGCGCCGACAUGAAGGCGGUGUGCGCCGAGGCGGCCCUCUGCGCGCUGCGCCGUCGCUACCCCCAGAUCUACGGCACGUCCCAGAAGCUCCUGCUGGACGUGGGCUCCAUCAACAUCAACAGCCGGGACUUUGUGGCCGCCAUAAGGAAGAUGGUACCAGCCUCCCAGAGGGCCGUGUCGUCCCCUGCCAAGGCCCUGACCCCCGUGGUCACGCCCCUGCUGGGGCCCACACUCACCAACGUGCUGGACGCGCUGCAGAAGCUCUUCCCCCACGCCGAACAGGGCCUCAAGAGGAAGAGGGACACAGGUGGGUCUGGGUCGCGGUUCAGUUUGGUCUGAGAACAAAGUCACAGUCAUUGUUAUCUGGUCCCAUAUGUAUUUUGUUCUGUCUUGCCGACUCCUGUAGUCAUUGUUAUGCCAAUGUUGACUAUACAGCACAAACAGAUGUUGGACCAGGCUAGGUCACUAUUACAGUGGAUCAUUGGUUAAGUUCAGUUGAUGCAAUUUCUUAAUCAAGUUUUUCCUUUGGUCAGAUCUGACAGCCAGCGUUCUGGAGGAUGACCUCUUGUACAGUGGGGAUGAGGGCCCCUCAUCCAAUAAUUCCAUCACCAAACAGACCACCACCAAAGGGAGCUUCCUCCAUUUUGCCAGGUAAGAUAUAGCCUACCUAUAAGAUGUAGAUACAUUUUGCCCUUUAAAGAAACCCCCGUUUCCAUUCAUAAUCACAUCCCUGAGUCGCCAUUCACUUCACCUCUCGCCUCUGUUCCAGGAGUGCGACCUGCCACCCCACCACCUACCGGCCCAGGCUGCUGCUGGCUGGGCGUCCCGGGGCGGGUCAGAGCUCCCACCUGGCCCCCGCCGUGCUCCACGCCCUGGAGAAGUUCACCGUCUACACCCUGGACAUGGCCGUGCUGUUUGGAGUCAGCUGCACCUCCCCCGAGGAGGCCUGUGCUCAGGUACAGGCUGGACCGAAUGUAGUCUUAAGAAGUAAAAUGUUAACAUGCUCCUCUCAUUUGUGGUGCAGAGAACUAUAGCCCCAGAGUUGACUUCAUUGUAGAAAGGCUAACUCCAUCAAGCACAUAAUUACUAAGUCAAGUGCAGCAAGAUGUUGGUACAGUACUAAUAGUUUACAUCCCGACCUAAGUGCUAGGUUGGUGAGUGAUACACUGUCAAUGACCUCUCAUCCCCUCUCGCCCUGCCUGCCCCAGGUGUUCUGCGAGGCCAAGCGGACCUCCCCAAGCAUCCUGUACAUCCCCCACAUUCAGCAGUGGUGGGACACGGUGGGCCUGGCCCUCAAGGCCACCUUCCUCACCCUGCUGCAGGACAUCCCCUCCUUCUCCCCCAUCAUGCUGCUGGCCACCAGCAACGUGGCUCACCACGACCUGGCCGACGAGGUAGGUCUUACCUGGGGCUCCCUCACCAUACAUUACAAGUACUGAAGAGAAGUGGUACGUGCACCUUUCUGGGCUACUCAACCCAUGAGUAGAUUUGUAAUCCUUUUUUUUUUUUACACUUCAGUUAAUACUCUUUGUAGAAGUGAAGACCAUAAAUGGUCACUGAGGUAACUAUUCCACAAUUUGUCUCUCUCAGAUCCAGACUCUGUUCCGGUUGGAGUACGGAGAGGUGCACUGUAUCCAAAUUCCCACCCAGCAGGAGAGAAGGAAGUUCUUUGAGAAUCUCAUCCUUAGCCAGGCUGCCAAGGCACCCGCCUCCAAGAAGAAAGCCUGUAAGUACAAGAUAUUUAUACCUUUUGAUAAUCACUUGGUAUAAUUGCUGUUUGUGUCCCAUCUCCAUUUUAACCCUCCUUCUCCUUUACCCCCUCUUCCUCCCCCACCUCAGUGAUGCAUGCCAUGGAGGUGCUCCCCCUUGCCCCUCCUCCUCCCCCCAGGCAGAUGAGUGAGAGGGAGCGUUUGCGUUUGGAGGAACAGGAGGAAGACACACUCAGGGAGCUGAGGUUGUUCCUGCGCAACGUCACCGAGCGCCUCUCCCAGGACAAGCGCUUCAAGGCCUUUACUAAGCCUGUGGACAUCGAAGAGGUAGGGUGAAAACACAGAGAAAGAGAGAGGAACAAGGAAGGAAAGAUGGGGUGUUGUAGUCCAGGGGACAUUGCUCUGUGUAGGGUGCCUUCUUUCAGAUGGGACGUUAAGUUGGUGUCCUGACUCUCUGUGGUCACUAAAGAUCCCAUGGCACUUAUCGUAAGAGUAGCGGUGUUAACCCCGGUGCACUGGCUAAAUUCUCAAUCUGGCCCUCAUACCAUCAUGGCCACCUAAUCAUCCCCAGCUUCCAAUUGCCCCCCCCCCCCCCCCCCCCCCCCCCCGUAACUAUUCCCCAGGUCGUUGCUUUAAAUGAGAAUGUGUUCUCAGUCAACUUACCUGGUAACAUAAGGGUAAAAUAAAUGAAUAAAAAUAGUCUAGAUUACUUUUACUCUAAUGUAAGCUAAAUGUUGACUGACCCAAACUUAGUCAAUACAUAACUAGCGAGUCUGAAUACAAGUACAUACAUUCUAAAUGAGCUGUGGUCCCUUGGGAGGGCUGCACUUUCGUCACCUCAGAUAUGUAGCCUCUCUCCUUUACCAAUGCUCUCAUCCAAAACAACCUAUCAGAGUGGUAUUGUGUCCCCCAUCUUAUCAAUGGUUUGUGUUCUUCUCUCACCAGGUUCCUGACUAUAUUAAGGUGAUCAGGCAUCCCAUGGACCUCUCCACUGUACUGUCCAAGGUCGACCUCCACAAGUACGUGACCGUCAGGGAGUUUGUCAACGACGUGGACCUGAUCUGGAAGAACGCCCUGGAGUACAACCCUGACAGUGACCCAUCUGGUAUACCUUCAAUCAUCUCCAUCUCAUUAAACUGAGUGAUGUUAUUAUUUUAUUAUAACUGACAUGUAAUAUAAUUCUAGCCUGGUUCCAGAUCUGUUUGCGCUGUCUUGCCAAUGACCAUAGGAGUUGGCAAGACAUUACAAACAGAUCUGGGACCAGGCUUAUCUUACUCCACAGAGUAUGCUACAUUAUUAUUUUUGUUAGGUAUCUCUGAAGAUAUUUUGAUCCCUUCUCAUUGUUCCGCUGCAGUUAGUGGGCCCCAUGGACGACAAGGCCCCCUACCUAUGUACCUUUGUCAUCAAUGUCUCUCUCUUUGUGUUUCCAGAUCGUCAGAUUCGUCACCGGGCUUGUGCCCUGAAGGACACGACCCACGCCAUCAUCCGCGACGAACUGGACGAGGACUUUAACAGGAUCUGUGAGCAGAUCAGAGAGUCACGCAACAAGAGAGGUAACUGCUGCUGCUUAUAACGUUGACGUAUUGCUGGGAUUUAAAAGUUACAGUAGUGACCUCUCGUUAACACUUUAUUUGGAUAGUCCGUCUGUAGAUGCUCUACAGACUAUCAGUAACAUUUCAACUAUCUCCUAACCUUAACCCUUAUUCUAAACAUAACCGUAAUCUUAGCAAGAAGUUGCUUAUCAACAGAUAGUUUGUUGAUAGUAUCUACAGAUGGAAAAUCCGGACUAUUCAAAUAGUGUGACCGACCACUCUCCAGAUGAGUUUAGCUAGCUAUUGUAUCAGUUUCAGUGUCUAGUGUCAGCUUCUUUACUAUUUGUCCAAUGAUGAGAUGAACCCUCUCUUAUUUUCCUUAAAACAUCUUAGUUUUCAUUGAUAAAGCGAAUAACAUGUUUAUGUCUGCUAACAGGGUGCACGUCAUCAAAGUUCGCCCCCUCCUACUACAAGACCUUGCCCAGAGAGGAAGGGUUUGCAGAAACCAAGAGGCCAUGCGGUAACACUGGCAAAGACGCUAGUACCCCGUUCACUGCCAACACCCCACGGCCCGCACGUAAGUCUCACCACUCUACUCCUUAACUGUUUAUUUUUAGGUUUUUUGUUACAGAGCAGAGGAACAUCCAGUGGAAAUUACAGAGCCUUCAGAAAGUAUUCAUAUUUGACUUAUUCCACAUUUUUUUGUAUUACAGCCUGAAUUCAAAAUGGAUUAAAGUAAGCAUUUCACUGUAAUGUCUGCACCUGUUGUAUUCGGCGCAUGUGACCAAUAAAAUUUGAUUUGAUUUGAUUUGAAAUAUAUUUUUUUAUCUCACCCAUCUACACACAAUACCCCAUAAUGACAAAGUGAAAACAUGUUUUUAGAAAUAUAUUUCUGUAUUUCAUUUUCAAUACGUCAUUUACAUAAGUAUUCACACCCCCGAGUCAAUACUUUGUAGAAGCACCUUUGGCAGUGAUUACAGCUGUGAGUCUUUCUGGGUAAUUAUUGAAGAGCUUUCCACACCUGGAUUGUGCAACAUUUUCCCAUUAUUCUUUUCAAAAUUCUUCAAGCUCUGUCAAAUUGGUUGUUGAUCAUUGCUAAACAACCAUUUUCAGGUCUUGCCAUAGAUUUUCAAGUAGAUUUAAGUCAAAAAUGUAACUCGGCCACUCAGGAACAUUCACUGUCUUCUUGGUAAGCAACUCCAAUGUAGAUUUGGCCUUGUGUUUUAGGCUUUUGUCCUGCUGAAAGGAGAAUUCAUCUCCCAGUGUCCGGUGGAAAGCAGACUGAACCAGGUUUUCCUCUAGGAUUUUGCCUGUGCUUAGCUCCAUUCCAUUUCUUUUUUUUAUCCUGAAAAACUCCCCAGUCCUUAACGAUUACAAGCAUACCCAUAACAUUAUGCAGACACCCCUAUGCUUGAAAAUAUGGAGAGUGGUACUCAGUAAUGUAUUGUAUUAUAUUUGCCCCAAACAUAACACUUUGUAUUCAGGACCAAAAGUGAACUGCUUUGCCACAUUUUUUACAUUAUUACUUUAGUGCCUGCAUGUUUUGGAAUAUUUUUCAUCCUGUGUAGGCUUCCUUCUUUUCACUCUGUCAAUUAGGUUAGUAUUUUGGGGUAACAACAAUGUUGUUGAUCCAUCCUCAGUUUUCUCCUGUCACAGCCAUUAAACUCUGUAACUGUUUUAAAGUCACCAUUGACCUCAUGGUGAAAUCCCUAAGCGGUUUCCUUCCUCUCCGGCAACUGAGUAAGGAAGGACGCCUGUAUCUUUGUAGUGACUGGGUGUAUUGAUACACCAUCCAAAGUGUAAUUAAUAACUUCACCAUGCUCGAAGGGAUAUUCAAUGUCUGCUUUAUUUAAAAAAAAAUCCAUCUACCAAUAGGUGCCCUUUGUGAGGCAUUGGGGACCUUACAGAUAAAUGUAUGUGUGGGGUACAAAAAUGAGGUAGUCAAUCAAAAAUCAUGUUAAACACUAUUGUUAAACACUAUUAUUGCACACAGAGUGAGUCCAUGCAACUUAUUAUGUGACUUGUUAAGCAAAUCUUUACUCCUGAACUUAUUUAGGCUCAUAACAAAUGGGUUGAAUACUUAUUGACUCAAGACAUUUCAGCUUUUCAUUUUUUAUUAAUUUAUAAACAUUUGAAAAACAUUAUUCCACGUUGACAUUAUGGGGUAUUGUGUGUGUAGGCCAGUGACAAAAAAAUCUAACUGUAAUCAAUUUUAAAUUCAGGCCGUAACACAACAAAAUGUGGUAAAAGUCAAGGGGUGUGAAUACUUUUUGAAGGCGCUGAAUGGUAGAUACUGGGCAACUACCAAGGGACAGCACUCAGGUAUUCGUUUUUUUACUGCUUGAUUUGCAGUACAUAAGCAGUUAUUAUCAGUAGAAGUGGUAGUAGUGUUUCAAAGUUUAAGGGCAGAAAACUAAUACCAGCCAGAUGUGUUGCGAGUGAUAGAAAGAAAGUGGACGUGCCAAGGAUCAGGACAUGAACAGAAGUAGGUAUAGCCAGAGGAAGAGGAGGAGGAAAAGGAGGAGGAUUCAUUCCAGUUGAGUGGACCAGUCAGAAGACAAGACCAGAAAGUUAGAAACCCAUGAUGACAGGGAAGAGCAGAAAUUGAGAGCCAGGGAGGAGAGGAAGAUGAUAUUCAUGGUUACAGAGAAGUCUGUCUUUCUGCCUGUCCAUUUCUCUAUCAUGUUAAAUGACCUCCUCUUCUCUAUUUAACCACUUUCCUAGCCUGUACUCUAGCCCGUAAGAAGAAACGGCCCAAAAUACGACGCAAAAGCAAAUGGAGCUCCGGCAUCAUAAAGAAGAAUAAGAAGAAACCUACGUCUUCCUUUUCUUCUAACAAGGAGAUCACAAACUCAGGGGAGGAAGAAGAGGAUGAGAGUGAUCGCAUAGGAGGGUGAAGAGAAACAAGCUAAGCCUUUGGAGACUAUUCUAGAGAACGGCUGUGAAUACUCCCCUAUGGAGUGUACCUCAGAGAAGACCACUAAGCCUGCUGAGGAUGUGGAAGAGGCCUUUGUUACAGUCCAGCCAACAACACCCCUACAAAGGAGGUAGAUCAGGGGGAGAAACACCCCACAAAGACCAAAGAGCCUGAAAGGUUGGAGGACUGGGACAUAGGUCUGUAUUAGGGUCCAGGACCCGGGCAGAAACCAAGCUACUGCUUCUUGCCGAAGGGAACAGUUCAGUCAGUCUCACUGACCUUUGGUCUCUGGGGCUCCAGCUGUUGGGGAGAUCCAACUCAACACAACGCAUCAGUUAAAGGGAUACAUCCAUCUCUUGACUUAUUUAAAUACUCUGUAAAAGUGAGUGCCUUUGGUUGUACUGUAAAUGUGUUCACCACAGCAUGAGGGUGAAUAAACGCAUGCAAAAAGGCUUUGUUGUAGACAUCAAAUGACAUUAAUAGUGCAAAUGCUUGUAUUUGUCUUCUUCUGUGCCUUAGUUCGCAUGCUUUUCAAAGUAACACCUCUAAGUUCUAGAAUAGGAAACCAUGCCCAACUAUUUAAUGCUUAAGAUCCAAUGUAACGGAGUAGAAACCUAAUUUGCAUGUUAGGAGAUGUGCAUGUCAACACCAAUUGCCCAUUGAGUUAGCAUUAGCAAUAGCCUGUUCAGCCAGCACUGAUUAAAAGGACUUUUGCUUAUCAGCUCCCCCUCACACCCUCCUGAUUGCUUCCUGUGUUUCCCUCCAACAGAGAGGCGUGUGACCCGUGCCACCAGGACUCUGGUACAGCAGCAGCAGUUUAUCGAUGUGGACAAGGCCCUGGAGAUCCUGACCCAGAAGACCCCUCAGCUGGUCGUGGACCACGAGAAACUCAAGGUACCCUCCUGACCAGUCUUUCAGAAGGUCAGGCCAUGCUUCUUACAAUGUAGUUGUACCAGAACUACAACCACAAUGUUGUAGGCCAGAAAUAUGGCCGAGAAAAUAAUCAUGGUCACAGCCAAACACUUAACCAUUCACCCUAUAUUCAUACAUUGAUUUGUGUAUAAUUUCUUGUCCAGGAAUUGCUCAAAAGAGUUGUGUCCAAGACUGAGGGCUAUGAGGUGCAUCAGCUGGAGAAGCUCUAUGCGCUGUUGUGUCAGAGCAUCUACAGAUACCGCAAAAACUUUGAUAAGACCGAGCUCGUACAG